GUCUCACGUGUGGAUCACCUUGCCAAAUUAUUACCCGCCUCUUUCAGUCGUAUAGAUUUUUAUAUGGGGAUGUUUGAUAUCGUUAGGAAUGAGAUGCCAGCAAAGAAUUUUGAACAAAGCUCAAUAAUAAUUGUGCCAAAACCUGGUUUUUGUGUCAAGUUAAAGUCGAAGAAGCAAGAAAAGGUUUUCGUGAACAUAUGUAUUUCCGACAAAGUUCCUGCCCCAAGAAGAAUAACUGAAGAUGAACUAAGAGAAAUCCUUGAUGAUAUUGAGAAUUCCCCACCUUUCAAGGUCCCUAUGUGUAUAGGGGAGCCACACGCUGAAGUUGACUCAGCUCAAAAAGGUUGUACUGCUUAUGAUGUCGCAAUCAAUCCAGAGUUCUAUGAAAAAGUUAAAUCAUCAGAAUUAUUUGAAGCUUUUUUAAUGACAGUGAUUUUUGAAGGCUUAGAAAAUAAGUAUGGAAUUGAUCUUGAAAAAAGCUGGGUUGUUUUAAAAAAUAAAAAAUGUAUGGGUAGACCUCAAGAACAAUGUAUUCGAACUUCAAGUCGUCCGGCUAUCAUAGAAAUGGAUAGUUCAGCAUCGUGUAACCCGAAAGUGAUUGAAUUACCUGAUCCACCUGUCAAAGGUGACACUCCGAAAUACGAAUUGGUACAGGUCAACUCUGACAACAGUGGAGAGUUACGAUAUUUAAUUGCACGUAUAAGUUUACCAAAACUGGUUUCCAGUAAAGGAUUAGAUUUACAAGUUGGCUAUGAUCUGCUUCAACUUACAAGUCAUGGUGGAAUAUAUUCGUUGGAGCUAACACUCAAUAAACCGGUGGACGAAGAAACCACGGUAGCCGAAUUCAACAGAGACACAAAAGUUUUAACGGUCACAAUGCCGGUGUUGUCUCAGCAAGCGUAGUUGUUAUUUUUCACACUUAUGUCAUAUUCUUUUCAAUCAUUAUCAUCACAAUAAAAAUAAAGCGUGAAAACAUUUUGCUGAAUAUCGAUAA